AUGGAUGCGCAUGACUCCAAAGCUGAGACCACCGGCCAAAUCUUCAAUGAGAAGCUGCCCGAGAAUGUUCCUGUGGUUACCACUUCAUCUACUGCAGAUCCAAAGCCUUUGAACAUAGAUACCCACGCCAGCAAUCUCCGCACCAGUACCUCCAAUUCCCCAGCCACGGCAACGCAUACUCCCAAUACCCAGCUAUCCGAGGAAUUCGCUCGAUUUCAGAAUAAUACUUUGCGUGCUCUGCCUGCCUGGAUCCGGUCGGUCGAGGAAAUCCAAGAAGAAAAAGACGAAGCUGCUGCUACAGAUCACCUACUACCAUCCCAACCCAACGAUGCAUUUGUCGCCCAGCACAACCAUGCUCCCCACCCUAAAUCUAGGUCCGAAUACUCCCAUGAGGGUCAACUUGAAGACGGCAUGUCGAUGUCCCCUCGUCGAGAGUCUCGCUGGAAAACAUUCUCUCGCACCAUCCAGUAUCCGCGAGAAUAUGGCGAGGAGUACAAAGAGGUCACUGCGGAAUGGAUGAACGAUAAUAUGGGAAAUCUAUUAGAACCAUGGCGAGGCAAUUUGUUGGAAGGUGACAGCCCAGAGUUUCCCUUACACAACAGCACCCCCAGACGAGAAAUUUGGUUCAAGCGCUUCCAUAACUUCUUUUUGAGGAGUCCGAUUGCACCACUCAUUCUACGGUUGACCGUCUGGUGUUUCUCACUUGCAGCCUUGAUCUUGGGUGGGAUAAUUCAACACUUGUCCGACCAGGUCCAUAACCGCCAAGGCGCCUCCGCACUGAUGGCGAUCAUUGUUGAUGCUGUGGCUUUGGUGUAUCUCAUUUAUAUAACAUUUGAUGAGUAUACUGCGAAGCCAUUGGGCCUGCGAUCUCCCUCAGCUAAAACACGUCUUAUCCUCCUGGAUUUGUUUUUCAUUGUGUUCGAUUCAGCUAAUCUCAGUUUGGCGUUCAAUUCUCUGUCCGAGGUGACCGGAGCUUGUACCGAAGCUGAGAUUAAUCAAGCGAUCGACCCUCGUAAUGAUCGAAUUUGCGUGCGGCAAAAGGCCCUUGCGUCCGUCUUGCUGGUUGCCCUGGUCGCUUGGUUAAUGACAUUUGCAAUCAGUGUUCUGAGGUACAGUACCACCCACCACAUGUAG